UUCGCUGUCACGCGCCACGUUGAUAGAUUGAUUCAUAGCUCGUUGUGCCGCCAUUGUGCUGUUCAGUUCGUAGUUCCGCCAUUGUGAAGACAUUUUGUUAAGUUCAUUUCUCGUUUAAAAUGUUUAUUGCCCUUACAUUUACGUUAUUACUCGUCAGCUCUGCCAUGGCGAAACCCCGAUACGCGGAUCUUGACGAAGAUGAACAGCAGUUGUACCGAGCAGCGUACGACACGCCAUCCUACGACCACGACGAGUACGAAGAACCAGAAGACCUGCAUCUGGGCAAGUUGGAUCUCCUCAAGGACGGCUUGUGGGCUAUAAAGGCGAAAAUCAACGAACUGAAGGCGUUCAAUAAGGCAUUAGCGGCUAACAUGCUGUCGACAAAGCUAAAAGUUAAGGAGCUCAUUGCCAGCAAAUUGCUGUUGAAGAAGCAUCAUCACGAUACAGUCGAGCACAAGAAGCCUAUGCAUAACUACCAGCCUCAACCUUAUCCAACGUACGAGCCCCAAAUGCCACAAUACGGUGAGCCGCAAAUGCCGCAAUAUGGUGCACCCCAACAUGGACACGACCCUUACUAUGGAAUCUAAGCAGAGCAACAAAAUGGCUUAGUUAAAGUACACGCUGGACGUUAGCUACAAUCAUUUCUCUCUAUAUUCUUCACAUAGAAAGAACAAGAGUAGAUUAGGUAUUUUUCUAGAGAUUCUAAAUAAAUCCAUCAAAAAAAUUAUUUUUUUCAAAUUGUAACGAUAUAAAAUUAAAGCAUAGUUUAUUUCAAUUUGUUAUUAUUACUUUAUUAAAGGUUCAUGAAUAUCGC